ACAAAUUUAUAGCAACAACAUGAAAGUUGAGUAAGAAACUUUGCAUUAUACUCGAUGGAGAUUCAAUUUGAGGAACAAAAGAAGAGUUUGAGACCAAAAAGGAGCAACAAAUUGUUCAAAGGUGGAAACAAAAAGAGUGAAACAAAAAACAAGUUUGUUGGGGUGAGACAAAGACCAUCAGGGAGAUAUGUUGCUGAGAUUAAGGACACCACACAAAACAUAAGAAUGUGGCUUGGAACAUUUGAGACAGCCGAGGAAGCCGCGAAAGCUUACGACGAAGCCGCGACACUUCUUCGUGGCUCCAACACUCGCACCAACUUCGUCACACAUGUUUCCUAUGAUUCUCCUCUCGCUUCUCGAAUUCAAAAUCUUCUUAACAAUCGAGAAAAUCGAGAAAAGGGUUCUAGAAAACAAGUAGAAGAAAAUAUGGAGGUCAGAAGCAACACCACGGUUAACAAUCGAGAAAAUCGAGAAAUGGAUUCUAGAAAACAAGAAGAAGAAAAUAUGGAGGUCAGAAGCAACACCACGAACACCACGAACCGUGAUACCACAACUAAUGAUAAUACCAAUAAUUUCAAUGUUAAUAGCACCACUAACGUUACUACUAAUAUUACUAGUGACACGACUAGCAAUAGUAAUACUAUUAGUAGCAUCAUUGACACUAUUCACAUGAUUAGUGGUACUACUGAUAGUACUAGUGCUAGCAGCGUGACUACUAACACUAGUACUACUUCGAGCAAAAACAACAUUGGUGAAAAUAUUGAAAACUCGAUUUCUAGUGUAGCAACAAUGCAAAACACAAGAUUAUUCGAUGAUGCAUAUAGGCCGGAUAUGAGAAAUUUCUACGAGUAUGAGUCAAGUUACAAUAAGUCCAAUGUUUCAUGGGAUUUUGGACCUAUUUUUGAUAACUUUCCUUUUGGUCAAGGGUUGGACAUGGUUGAUGAAUUAGGGGUUUCAGAAUUUGAAAGGAUGAAAGUUGAAAGACAAAUAUCAGCUUCACUUUAUGCAAUUAAUGGUGUGCAUGAGUACAUGGAAAACUUUCAAGAUUGCAAUGAAGCUCUAUGGAAUCUUUCACCCUUUUGCUCAUUUUUAUGUUCAAACAAUAUGCAUCAAGUCUAAAUCUCUCUCUUUGUUAUACAUCUAUUUGUGUGUAAAGACUAAUUUUUCAAAUUAGACAGAAUCAUUGUUUUAACAUUUUU